CUGUCGUUCCUGAAUAGGGAGGAUCGGAGAGCGCACGGACGGAGCAGAUCCUCAAUGACCAUGCGUUCCAGGAGUGGAUCGUGUCCCCUGUGCCCACAAAGUUGCUGAUCUACGGCAACUUCUCCUCGCUCAUGCUGGAGACCUCUGUCCUAUCCCUCUUCUGCACGACCCUCGCCAAGGCGUGCCGGUCUCGCAAACGCUACCUGUGCGUCGUCUGGUUCUGCGGCCGGCACUUGGGAUACGACGAUGAGUUCGACAUCAACUCGACCGAUUCGGAGGCUGUCUCUAUUCAUGGUGAGCUCAGCUGGGGGGAAGAACAUGACGAGGAAGAUGACUACGGCGCCGGGACGAGACAACGCGUAAUCAAGCGGAUGGUGCGAAGCCUGAUCACGCAGCUGUUAUGCGAUUAUGACUUUGGGCCCGGGGCACCUCUUACCCCCAGGUGCUGAUCGUGAUGCUAUCGAGGAAGGCCAUAGCCUGGCGCAGUUAUGGGGCCUGUUCCGGUGGUUGGUUCGGCAGCUGCCCAAGGGGCCCACACUUUUCUGCCUUGUGGACGGCAUUGUCUUUUACGAGCGUGAGGAUUUUGAAGUCCCGAUGCUUGAUGUCUUG